AUGAACGCAUCUCAAGCCGAUUGUGGUAGUCAUGGAGCUCUGAACAACGUGUGGAAGCAUUUCAACGCCAAUAGAGAGCUGCAUCAGGCUCGAUCGGGGGAAUCCUCACGAAGAGCAGCAACAAAGCCGUUCCGCUCUGUGUCGCAACAUCCAAGCACCUUGCAAGAUGAUUCCACCUACAAUGAAUUCUUUUCUCCUCUUCAAAAUGAGCCUCCUCCUCCUCCUCCCCUUGCCAAUCCAUUGCCAUUCACUAUGGAUAACCCACCGCCACCACUACAAGUAAAAGCACCUGAUACAUGGGCUUGGGAGUUCAACAACAACAAAAACAAUGAUGAUGGGAAUGAGCAGCAGCUACAAGAUGCAUGGCAUUAUCAUUCUAGUCAUGUGACUCCAGCAACUCAAUUGGAACACGCUUAUGCACAACAUUUCACAAGCCCCCAGAAUCCUACCAAGAUGAGUCAUGUGAUGGAUGAGCAAUGGGAAAGACAAUUUGCUGCCAUUUCAAUCGAUACCCCUUCGAUAUCAAAGCAAACGCCACUAUACCAUAAACCUAUACAACAACAUAUGGAACCAUUUGUUUCACGACAGCAGAUACCGAUACCAUCAACAUCAUUUGCACCCGAAUCAUCGACCACGUCAACCAUCACCAGCACGCAUGAUGAAGAAAACUUUGACGAUUGGAUGGAUGAAAGUGAUCUUCCUACCAAGCAAGGAGAUGAAGCAAUAUUUGAACCCGAUCUAGGAGACUACACCUUUGCAUCAGCGAAUCCGUAUUUGGAAGAGAAAGACGUCGUUGACAUGCCAACUUCAUCAUUCAACGCGAUAUUGUCAUUAGAAGCAACCAUUCGCCAGGAUCCUGAUAACAGUAGCCACGCAUGGAUGCAGCUUGCUCAGCUACACGCACGAAACGAUAAUCACACAGCAGCAGUGCAAGCCCUGAAAAAGACUCGACAUGAUCCAUCCCAUCACACGAUGAUGCAAUUAGCUCUCUGUUACAGCAGCCUUGAAUUAUACCCAGCAGCUUACUAUGCUUUGGAGCAAUGGAUUUCUCAAGCUUAUCCCAACCUCGUUUCGACAAAUGGACAGCUGCCAAAUGAACCCUUUAUGCUACAUCGACGGGUGAUGGAUAGCUUUUUAGCAGCAGCUACGUCAAAUCCAGAGGCUGAUACCAUGGAUCCCGAUGUACAAGUUGGCUUGGCUAUCCUAUCAGCAGCUAGUGGUGAAUAUCAUAAAGCAGCGGAUUGCUUUAGAGCUGCAUUGCACAUGAGACCCAAAGAUGCGGUAUUAUGGAAUCGGUUGGGAAUCACAUUGGCGAAUGACGGCAAGGCAGAGGAAGCUAUUGAUGCUUAUAGCCAUGCAUUGGAAUUGGAUCCUUCGUGUAUCAGUGCUCGACACCAUCUCAGCAGAUCGUGUAUCACCGUCAGGUGUUACAAGGAGGCAGCUGAGCAUGUCCUAUCUGCACUCGCUUUAUACUCGCAUCAACCCUCCAAGGAUGAUGUAACAGCAACAGCAUUAUGGGAUACAUUGGAGAAGGCACUGAAGAUGAUGGGUAUGCAUGACCUUGCACGGCAAGCAAAAGUGGGAAACGACCUCAAGAUGUUUCAAAAGAUGUUUGAGUAG